AUGAUACGAUUAGUAUAUAAUAAUUUUCGAAAACUUCCAAAAACGCUUUUAAUACCAUCAUUCCAAAAACAACCACAUCCCAUACAUUUUAAUUUCAACAAAAAACAUUUUUUUACUACUAUUAAUAAUAAUAAUACCAAUGAAACAAUAUUAACAACUGAAAAUACCCCCACCAAUUUAACCCCAAAUAAUAAUAAUAAAAUAAUAAUUAAAAAUACUGAAGAUGAAAUUAAAGAAACAAUAUUUUCUGUUCAAAGGGAAUUAAAUAUUAUAGAAUUAAAUGAUUGGUAUAAUGUUAAUAUUACAAAAAUAUUUUCAGAGAAUAAAGAACUUAAAAAUAGUGAAAUUAGUAAACCAAUUUUAAAAUUACAACAAAUAUUUAGAGAUAAUUUUGAAUAUUCAUUUUAUGAGAUGUUAAAAUUUGCAUACCCUAAAGAAGAAUGGGAUAGAGUUAAAUUGGUAAAAUCAAUUGAUAGGAAUAAAUAUUUUUGGUUAAAUCAAGAUAAUAUUGAUUCUUUUAUUCAAUCUUUUACAACUGAUAUGAAAUUCGAUCAAACUCAUCGUAAAUUUGAUAGGUUUCGAUAUAGUGAUGAAAAUGAAACUGAUAAUGAAUAUCUUAAACAAUGGUAUAAAGUUCAAAAAAAUGAUUUUAUAAAAUUUAAAGGUCGUCCAAUAAUUGCACAAUUUAAUGAUUCAAUUUAUGGUUUUCUUUGUAGUUAUUAUCCAAAUUAUAAUUUUAAACCUUGGUUAUUUACAUCAGCUCCAAGAAAUUUUUGGAAACCAAUUGAAAAUCAAAAACAAUAUUUACAAUGGUUAGGUAAACAAAUAGGAUUCACAGAAUAUAACCAUUGGUAUGGUAUUGGUAAAAAUGAUUUUGUUAAAAAUAAUGGAUCAUCUUUAUUAUUAUUAUAUAAUGGAUCACCAGCAAAAGUGAUUAUAGAAGUUUUUAAAGAUGAUUAUGAUUGGAAAGUUUGGAAAUUUAAUAAUUUACCAAUAUUAAAUGAUAAUAAAAAUAAUGUUGAUAAUAAUAAUGAUAAUAAUAAAAAUAAUAAAAUUGAAGAAAUUAAAGAUGAAUUAAAAACUUUAAGAGAAUUUUUUAAAUUUGCAGGAGAAUAUUAUAAUAUUUUAGAUAUUAAAGAUUGGUAUAGAGUUUCAAAUUCACAAAUUCAAUAUAUUGGUGGAUCACAACUUGUUAAAAAACAUGGUGGAUUAUUUAAUUGUUUAGAGAUUUUAUAUCCAGAAGAGAAAUGGGAUUAUCAUAUUUAUUCACAACCUGGUAAAAAAUCAUCACAACGUUUAUUAUCAAUUUAUUUAAAUCAUUUAUUUAUUCAAAAUAAUAAUAAUAAUAAUAAUAAUAAUAAUAAUGAUAAUAAUAAUAUUGAAAUAUUUGAAGAUUAUAGACAUCCAAAUUUAAAAUAUCAACAAUUAAGUAAUCAUUCAUUUCAUUUAGAUUUUUUUAUACCUCAAUUAUCAUUAGCAUUUGAAUAUCAAGGUAAACAACAUUAUAUGGAUGUUCCACGUUUUGGUGAUUCUACAAUAUAUCAAAAUCGUGAUAAUGAAAAAAGAUUAAUUUGUAAGAAUAAUAAUAUCACAAUCAUUGAAAUUCCAUUUUGGUGGGAUAAUCAAAUUGAAUCUUUAAUUGGUACAAUUAUCACUGAAUUACCAAAUUUAAAAGAUCAAUUAUUAAUAAAUUAUAAAAAUUAUUUAUUAAAUUAUAAAAAAAAUAAUAAUCAAAUUAUUAAUAAUAAUACUAAUAAUAAUAAUAAUAAUCAAAUUAUUAAUAAUAAAAAUGAUAAUAAUAAUAAUAAUAAUAAUAAUGGUGAUAAUGGUGAUAAUGGUGAUAAUAAUAAAAAUAAAAAUAAUAAUAAUAAUAAUAAUUUAAAAAAUAUUAAUGAUAAUAAUAAUAAUAAUGAUAAUAAUAAUAAAAAUGGUAAUAAUAAUCAAAUUGAUUUUGACACUUUUUUACCAAUAUCAAAAACACCACAAAAGGUUAGUAAUCGUAAAAGACUUUUCAAUAAAGAAUGA